AUGUCGAAAAAAGUCAUCUUAUUAUUCUACAUACUUUUAGUAGUUGAAGUAUACACUGUUAAUACCGAAAAACAUGAAUAUGUGGACAUCAUGUGGUAUCCGUAUCAUGUAUCGAUCCAGAUAGCCGGACGACACGUUUGCAGCGGCGCAUUCAUACAUGAAUCGUGGAUUAUGACUGCGGCAUCCUGUGUUUUUAGUGCAAAAUCAUCGACAGUAUCUGUACACGUGCGUUCCUCUUCUACCUCCACGGAUGGCGAUGUAUUAGAAAUAGAUAAUAUUGUGGUGCACGAAUAUUUUGAUAAAUAUGUAUACUACAACGAUAUAGCAUUGAUGAAGGUACGUAUCUCCAUUCAAACAUCUCACGCGUCUCUAAAGAGUCCUGCAGAGUUUGGAGAAAAGUUGCUUCCUAUCGGACUGCCAGAAAAUGAAGAACUCCAAGAUGGAGCCCAUUGUGUCGUGACUGGCUGGAAACGAAGUCGGGGGACUAGCCCAAGUGGAGCUCAGCUUGAGGCGGCCGCUGUGACGAUCGUAAAUCAACGUACGUGCGAGGCGAUGAUGCCGAGCUACAAGCCGCUAUCUAAGGAUAUGUUGUGCGCCACUAACGCGACUCGCCGGUCGGAAAGGUGUCAGGCUGAUGUAGGUGCGCCUCUAGUGUCGGAGCAGAUGCUGAUUGGCAUACUAUCCUACGGAUUAGGUUGCGAAACCGGGAUACAUCCAGAUGUCUAUACUCGUGUCAGCAGCUAUUUAUCUUGGAUCUUUACGAAUACUGGCAUGUCUUAUGAAUAAGGCAC